GAAUUGUGGUUAAAGAAAGAAGAAUUCCAGCUAUGGAAUCCACCCAGAUAGUUAAUCAAGUGAUUUGCAUGUGGACUACCCUAAAGAACUUGUAAAGAAUUCUUCCGGGGAUAAGAUUCAACGAUGUUGUUAACACCCUCAUCGUCCCCAUCUCCGGAAGGUUCGUCGUUCACCACUUCACCGCCUCCUCAACAGUCACCUCCGGUGGUGCAGCCACCUCUAGGAGCGCCACUCCUUUCCCCACCAUUUCCGCCAACAAAUUCUGCAUCUCCCGUUGUUUCUUCACCCUUGCUGACUCCGCCUUUGGCCCCUACAUCAACCCCGAAAACGCCACCUCCAUUUCUCCCUGUGGCAUCUCCUCCACCUGCAGUCAUUGCUAUAAGUCCGGUUGCUCCUCCACAACCUCCAACACCGCCAGUCGUUACACCUCCACCACCAUCAGCUGCAGCUAGUACCAUUAGUCCAGUAGCUUCUCCACCGCAUCCCCCACCACCAGCAUUGGUCAUUUCUUCCCCACCGCCCUCCCAAACUCCAGUUCAAACUCCUCAACCCUCUAUAUCCUUGCCAUUAACUUCUCCACUUCCCUCUCCCACCCCUCCAACUCGACCAUCUAUUAUUCUUCCACCUCCAACAACAACAGCUCCCUCUCUGCCUCCACCAAGGCCACCUACUGAUCCACCACCAUUUUUUUUGGAGUCUCCACCGCCACCUGCAGCUUCUCAUUCUAUUGGGGUUCCUGACGCUCCAGGAUCGUCUCAGGCAUUUCCGCUCCCUACACCACCACCACCAUUACCGUUAGCAGUUGGAAAAGGAGGAUUGCCAGCCACUCAGCAGGGGUCAGAUUCUCCAAUUGGGCUUAUAGUUUCAUGCAUUGGCGUUGGAAUUCUACUGUUUGUUGUGUUUGCACUCGUCUGCAUUUGUUGCAAAAGUAGGAGGAGAAAACAGAAGCCUUUGGAGGACAGAAGAAAACAACAAUGUUUGGUGACAAAAGAUGACCUUUAUGCUGCUCCACUCCAACAUGAACAAGAAAAAGUUGCCCCACCGCCAGGAGUCCAUGUUAUCACAGUGCCACCAACUACCCGGCCUCCACCGCCUCUCACCAAUGCUGAAGGAUCUGGCACUAACAAUUCGGGGUCCUCAAAUGGCAUUUUCACUUAUGAUGAAUUGGUCGUGGCCACCAAUGGCUUUUCUGAAUCCAACCUCCUUGGACAAGGCGGUUUCGGUUACGUCCACAAAGGAGUACUGCCGAGUGGGCAAGAAGUUGCAGUUAAGCAAUUAAAGGCUGGAAGCCAUCAGGGCGAGCGUGAAUUUCAGGCUGAGGUCGAGACGAUUAGCCGAGUGCAUCACAAACAUCUUGUUUCCCUGGUUGGCUACUGCAUUACUGGGGCUGACAGGUUGCUUGUUUAUGAGUUUGUUCCAAACAAAACCUUGGAAUUCCACUUGCAUGGAAAUGGUCAGCCGGUUAUAGCUUGGGAAAGCCGACUCAAAAUUGCUAUAGGGUCUGCAAAAGGAAUAGCAUACCUCCAUGAGGACUGCAGUCCAACAAUCAUUCAUCGCGAUAUCAAGGCAGCUAAUAUUCUUCUCGAUCCUCGAUUUGAGGCAAAGGUUUCAGACUUCGGCCUUGCCAAGAUUUUCUCCGAUGCGAGUUCCUCCAUUACUCAUGUCUCCACAAGAGUGGUGGGAACUUUUGGAUACCUUGCUCCAGAGUAUGCAUUGACUGGCAAAUUAACAGAUAAAUCAGAUGUAUACUCCUAUGGAGUCAUGCUUUUAGAGCUUAUCACUGGGCGUCGACCAAUCAUCAAGAAAGAAUUCUCCAUAAACGAGAGCCUCGUUGACUGGACGAGGCCCUUGCUAGGUCGUGCACUCGAAGACGAUGAUUUUGAUGCUCUUGCUGAUCCAAGGUUACAGGGCGCUUACAACAGGAGCGAGAUGGCAUGCAUGGUCACUUGUGCGGCUGCUUGCAUACGCCAGUCAGCAUGGCUUAGACCUCGAAUGAGCCAGGUAGUUCGUGCUUUAGAAGGAGAUCUUUCGCUCUCUUAUCUUGAUGUAGGAGGAAGGUCCUGGAACAGCUCAAUGUACACGUCUUCAGAAACUCCGAUUCAAAAAGCCCGACAAUACGAGAACAUGAAGAAAAGUAAUUCAUCAAUUGGCACUAAGAACUAUGGCAUCAGCGGAAACAGUGAAACCACCAGUGAAUAUGGCCUUAACCCAUCUGGCUCAAGCAGCGAAUCCCAAAGAACAAACUGA